AUGACUGCCACCAAGAUUGAUGGCACUGCCAUUGCAAAGAAGAUCCGCGAGAAGAUCCACACCGACAUUGAGAAUGCUCACAAAGUCAAUCCGAGAUUCAAGCCCUCCCUCAAGAUCAUCCAAGUGGGCGAUCGGUCAGACUCAACUACUUAUGUUCGCAUGAAGUUGAAAGCUGCAGAAGAGGCCGCCAUUGACUGCGAACUCCUGCAAUUCCCCGAGUCUGUCACCGAGACUGAGCUCCUCGAGGAGAUCACUCGUCUCAAUUAUGAUACAACUGUACACGGAAUUUUAGUCCAACUCCCAGUACCGAAGCACAUCUCAGAGUAUGAAAUUACAUCGGCAGUCGCAGAUGAGAAAGAUGUUGAUGGCUUUGGUGCUAUGAACAUUGGAGAGCUUGCGAAACGAGGAGGUCGCCCUCUCUUCACACCUUGCACACCGAAAGGUGUGAUGGUCCUGCUGGAAGAGAGCGGUGUAGAUCUCAAGGGCAAGAAUGCCGUGGUACUUGGGCGCAGUGAUAUUGUUGGGAGCCCAGCUAGUUUUCUGCUGAAAAACGCAGAUGCUACUGUCACCGUCUGCCAUUCACGGACGAAGAAUCUGGAAGAGCAUAUCAAGAAUGCGGAUGUCCUCGUUGCUGCUAUAGGAAAAGCCAACUUUGUCAAGGGCGAGUGGCUGAAGCCUGGAGCUGUUAUCAUCGAUGUCGGCACAAACUUCGUUCCCGAUGACACCAAGAAAUCUGGUCAGAGACUUGUUGGCGAUGUUGAUUUCGCGUCCGCAUCCGAAGUCGCUUCCCAAAUUACCCCUGUACCAGGUGGAGUUGGUCCAAUGACUAUUGCUAUGCUCUUGCAGAACGUUGUCGACUCAGCUACUAUGUACUUCGAGCGACAGAAGGCCAGGACCAUCAAGCCCCUGCCUCUUAAGCUGAAGGAGCCCGUACCCUCAGAUAUUGCGAUCUCUCGCGCUCAGCACCCUAAGCAAAUCACCCGUAUCGCUCAAGAGAUCGGUAUUGCUGGCCAUGAACUUGAGCCAUAUGGUGCUUACAAGGCCAAGGUGGAUCUAAGCAUCCUCAAACGUCUGGAGCAUCGCCGUAAUGGUCGAUACGUUGUUGUCACCGGUAUUACUCCCACGCCACUUGGAGAGGGAAAGUCCACCACUACAAUGGGUAUAUCUCAAGCCAUUGGAGCUCAUCUGAACAGAAUUGCUUUCGCAAACGUUCGCCAGCCGAGUCAAGGACCGACCUUUGGUAUCAAGGGAGGAGCGGCCGGAGGAGGAUACUCACAGGUUAUUCCUAUGGAUGAGUUCAAUCUCCAUCUCACUGGUGAUAUUCAUGCCAUUUCUGCAGCCAACAACCUCUUAGCUGCCGCCAUUGAGACAAGAAUGUUUCAUGAAAACACGCAAAAGGACGGGGCCCUAUAUAAACGACUUGUUCCUGUGAAGAAGGGCAAGCGAGAAUUCCAACCUAUUAUGUUCCACCGACUGAAGAAGCUUGGCAUCACCAAGACCGAUCCCAACGAGCUUACAGAGGAUGAGAUCCACCGUUUCGCACGAUUGGAUAUUGAUCCGGAGACCAUCACAUGGAGACGUGUUUUGGAUGUCAAUGAUCGCCAUCUUCGAGGUAUCACAGUUGGCACAGCUGCUACAGAAAGAGGACAGACUCGAGAGACGGGUUUCGAUAUCUCAGUUGCCAGUGAGUGUAUGGCUAUCCUUGCUCUCAGCAGCGACCUCAAUGAUAUGAGAGAGCGACUGGGUAGAAUGGUCAUCGGCUCUUCCAGAAAUGGUGAUCCGGUUACUUGCGACGAUAUUGGAGCAGGUGGUGCUCUCACUGCUUUGAUGAAGGAUGCAAUUAAGCCCAAUCUCAUGCAAACAUUGGAAGGCACGCCCGUUUUCGUCCACGCUGGACCUUUUGCUAAUAUCAGCAUUGGAGCUAGCUCGGUGCUCGCUGACAAGCUUGCAUUGAAGCUUGCUGGUACUGAAGCAGAUGAAGAUCACGAAGCAAAGGCUGGCUUUGUUAUCACCGAAGCUGGUUUCGACUUUACCAUGGGAGGAGAGCGUUUCUUCAACAUCAAGUGCCGUUCAUCUGGCCUUGUCCCUGAUGUCGUUGUCAUUGUAGCAACAGUCCGAGCUCUGAAGGUUCACGGCGGUGGACCGCCAAUUGCUCCUGGUGCAGCUCUUGACAAAGUAUAUCGUGAAGAGAACGUCGAGAUUCUUCGGAAGGGCUGCGUUAACCUGAGGAAGCAUAUCUCAAAUGCCAAGACGUUCGGUGUUCCUGUGGUUGUAGCUAUCAACAAGUUCGAGACGGAUACUGCUGCAGAGAUCGAAGUUAUCCGCGAAGAGGCCAUCGCCGCUGGUGCUGAAGACGCCAUUCCAGCCAACCACUGGGCGGAAGGUGGAAAGGGCGCAGUUGACCUCGCUAAGGGUGUAAUUGCUGCCAGCGAGAAGGAGAAAGACUUCAAGCUCCUUUACAGCCUUGAUGGCGAUGUGCAAACACGAAUUGAAGCCAUCGGCAAGCAGAUGUAUGGAGCAGAGAAAGUUGAGUUCAGCGAGAUUGCUCAGAAGAAAGUGGAUACAUACACGAAGCAAGGCUUUGGUAACCUGCCGAUCUGCGUCGCCAAGACACAAUAUUCGUUGUCCCACGAUCCUGAUCUCAAGGGAGCACCAACUGGGUUCACUGUUCCUAUCAGAGAUGUUCGAUUAGCUGCUGGAGCAGGAUACCUCUAUGCAUUGGCCGCCGACAUCCAAACAAUCCCAGGUUUGCCAACAGCUCCAGGAUAUCUCAAUGUCGAUGUCGACACCGAAACCGGCGAAAUUGAUGGCCUCUUCUAG